AUGGAUCAAACACCUUCACUAGAAAAGUUUACUGAAGAAUUCAUCGAUGAGUUUUGUUUCGAUGAUGCUGAAGACAAUCGUCGUCUUGAGUUGUAUCAUGAAAUAUACGGACAGAGCUCACGAUCCAAGCCUCGAAAAAGUAUAUUCAGAGACCGUGAAUCAGGUCAUCAGCGUCUCAUGAAUGAUUACUUUUCACCGAAUCCAGUAUAUCCUGAACAAAUCUUCCGCCGAAGAUUUCGUAUGGGAAGACAUGUUUUUCUGCGUAUUGUGGAUGCUCUUUCAAAUUCUGAUCCAUACUUUCAACAAAGAAUCGAUGCAGUGGGAAGAAAAGGCUUAUCACCUUUACAAAAAUGCACUGCAGCAAUACGUAUGUUGGCGUAUGGAGUAUCUGCUGACGCUGUUGAUGAUUAUGUUCGUAUUGGAGAGACUACGGCGAUUGAAUGCUUAAAGAAAUUUGUCUCUAAUAUCAUUAUGAUAUUUGAGAGUGAAUACUUGCGCAAGCCGAACUCCAAUGAUGUAGAACGUCUACUACAGAUGGGCGAGGCUCGUGGAUUUCCUGGUAUGAUGGGCAGCAUUGACUGCAUGCACUGGCAGUGGAAAAAUUGUCCUAAAGCGUGGAAGGGAAUGUUCAUGAGUGGUCACAAAGGAGUUGCAACAAUUUUACUAGAAGCUGUUGCUUCAUCUGAUCUAUGGAUAUGGCAUGCAUUUUUUGGAGUUGCUGGAUCAAAUAAUGACAUAAAUGUAUUAGACCGAUCACCAGUAUUUGAUGAAGUGUUACAAGGUCGUGCUCCAGAGGUAAAUUAUACUAUCAAUGGGAACAAUUAUAAUAUGGGCUACUACUUGACAGAUGGAAUAUAUCCUGAAUGGGCAACAUUUGUGAAAACAAUAUCACGUCCACAAGGUGAGAAAAGAAAAUUAUUUUCGAAAUAUCAAGAAAGUCAGCGAAAAGAUGUUGAACGAGCGUUUGGUGUGUUGCAGUCUCGUUUCGCAAUUGUUCGUGGUCCUUCACGUUUUUGGGACAAAGCGGAUCUUGGGAGAAUUAUGAGAGCAUGCAUCAUAAUACAUAACAUGAUUGUUGAAGACGAGAGGGACACGUACGCCACUCAAUUUGGUCCUUUACCAACUUAUGAUGAUGCAACAAAUGGCUUAAUGCAACCAAAUUUAGGUGAAGAACCUUUUAUCCCGUAUGAAACGUAUAUUCAAAAUAUCAUACAGCUGCGUGAUAAACGGACACAUCGUCAGCUCCAAAAUGACUUGAUUGAGCAUAUCUCGCAGUUUCACAACAAUCGUUAAUUUUUAUAUUGUAAUUUUUAAAUUUAAUGCUUUCCUGUGUGAUGUUUAUGUAACAUUUUAUCAUUUAAGUUUUUAAUAAUAUGAUGCAUUUUAAUUA